GGAGUAAAAAGUAACAACAUCUAAUUUAAUUUGUGCAUCGGCCAGGAUGCAGAAAUCGGGCUCCGACGAGGGAGCCUCUGGUGGCCAGCCGGAGGAGUCGCCGCCGGCUCCCUCCCAGAAAUCCAUCGAUACCGGCAACGGCGCCGAGUUUCAAAUCAGUUUGAACGAGUUCCUAGAGUUUUUGAAACUAUCCUGUCAUGUGAACGAUAUGAUAGCGAAGGCCGACAUGGGGAAACCACACACUAGGGAACCGGUGCCGCCAAUGGAGGGCAAUGCCCCCACAUCCAAGAGAACUUCGAAAAAGGACGAGUUCGACUUUGCGCAACUGGCGGAGAAUCCGCUGGUCAACGAGCUUCUCGGCCUGCGACGUCCGUCACGGAAUUCCAGUAUACGCCACACGGACGAGAGUCGCUCCAGUUUGCUCCAGGAGGCGAAAUCCAGUGUACUGCGUUCGGGACACAGUCACCACAGCCGCACAUCCCGUCCAGAGUCCACCUACCGGGGAUUGCAUCCCAAAUUGGGCGAGCAACUGGAUGCUGCCAUCAACGAGGGCGUCCUCGACUCGGUGCUGUCCUUCAUUUGCCCGGUUCCGCUGCCCACUCAGCUCCAGAAUGGCAGGAAUAAGCCCAAGCAGCUGCAGCCCCCGAAGGAGCUUCUCACCCAGACAUCGCCCACUCCCACUCCGAAUCCUGUUCCACCCGCUGCUCCCCUUACCUCCGGAGCAUCCAAAUCUAUGAUGGAGCUGGGCCACUCGCAUGCUCCUCUGUCUGCAGCUACUCCCUCGGCCCCUUGCCUCCAGCAGGCUCAUCCCGGUGGAGAUGCUCUGCAUCAGGAUCAGAUAACCAAUAGCAUGGUGCGGGCGCUGAUCAAGGAGCCGACUCCCAAGCCGAUUGGAUUGAACGCCGGUAGACGCAAAUCCCUACUGCUGGUUAAGGACAGUAAGCAUGCCAGGCAGGAAAGAAAAGAACCCGAAGUGGUGAUCCAUGUCUGCGAUGAGGUGAAGAACACCUCGAAGGACUUCACCUGCCCGCAACAUCUGCUGGUGACCAAAAUGGGCUACUUUGCGGAUGUGACCGCCGGCCAACGGCUGGAGGAGAUGGACAUAUCGGUGCACUGCGACAUCCUCAUAUUUGACUGGCUGAUGAAGUGGAUCAAGCACAGUGCCCAGAGCCAGGAUCUCCCCGUUUCCGGCCAGAGCAGCGGUCCGCAGUUGGAUGGCAACAAUGUGGUGCCCAUUUUGGUGUCGGCCAGCUUUCUGCAGAUGGAACCGCUGCUUCUCGAGUGCCUGGCCUUCUGUCAUGCCCAUCUCAGCGAGGUGGUCCGCACAUCCACGAAUCUCUCGUGUCUGAACGAUGCAUUGGUCACCCGACUGGCGGCCAUGUUCACGAAUCUGGAGCUGGAGAUGGUGAGGGAUAAAAAGGAGCGAGUGACACCGCGCCUGUGGACCAAGUUGAUACAGUCGCUCUGCGAACCCGAUCCGGAAGCUCUGAGGGGACAUUUCUAUAGCAUGUCCGGGCUAUUUCGCUGCUCCCGCUGCUUCAAUUGCGUGACCAACACCAUGAAAUCCUAUGUGAGCUGUGUGCCCAGCAACAUCCGGCUGAAUCGCUGGGGUCAACUGAUGAGCCACCAUGUGCGGGAUGCCAACUGGGACCUAAACGUCUAUAUCGUUCAGUUGUUCAAGGAGCUCAAGUCGUGGCGGAAAGUGUAUUGGAAGCUAUGGGGUCACUGCCAUUAUCUGUACUGCUGCACUUGCGAGGCUCACUUUCCGGUCUACCAGAUGCACUGGUGUCGCUUUCAUCCGGAGGCACCCAACUUCCUGGGACCCGUGGGCAAUGCUGGACCCGCUGGACGAUUUUCCUGCUGUGGUCAGCAGGCCUUCCGCUACGAGACGCUGCCGGGACCAAAUGGCUGCCAGUUCCGCGAACACAGCGUCCUGGUGGAGACGGAUCGUGAGCGGGCCAUCCUGGCCAUUGCUCAGUUGGUGGGCGAGAACUAUGCUCUCUGCGAACAGGCACCUCUGAGGAUCCAGGAACUAGCAGCCGCCGGCGAGAUCAGUCCCAGUUGGCAGGGAAUCUCCUUGACUCCCCAGAGAUGUCGCCAAGGUCUGCUGCCACAGCUCUGCAUGGACAGUGUGCUGAAAAGGGUAACAAACCACCGGGUGAGCCGUAGGAUGCGUGGAUCGCGCUAUCAAAUGGACACCAGCACCGAUUCCGAGACGACGUCCACCAGUGAAGAUGAUGCUCGAUGUCUGCGUCCGCGCAUGCGCAACGUUCACGAUGACGACGAGGAUUACAGCUCCAGCAGUGAUGGCUGCGAGUCGGAGCAUCGUCCGCCACCUAGGAAGGCACGUGGCAAAAAGUCACGAAAGCGUCCCACCGAUGUCUCGGGCCGUUUUUGGUCUGGUGAGCUAUCGGCCCGCAGCAACCAGGAUCAUCAGCGGGAUUUCGAGGAGAAGAUCAUGAAACAGGUGGCCAAUUAUGUUACCAAGAAGACCGGAACGGAUCAGUGCCUUGUCCAGAAUGCCCAACCACUGGGCGGCUCCUAUGUCCGCCUCGAAUGCGAGUGGAAGGAGAUGCUGAAGCAGCGCCACAGCCAUCACAAUAUCCAGGGAGCCAAUGCCACUGGCCUCUCGUUGCCCCAAAGCAGCAACACCUGCAUGGGAUCCGCAAUCGCCACGGGUGGAUCCUCCGUUUCCGUCAUGUCCAAGCAGAAGCACAAGUAGAAAUUCGUUUUCUUUGCAUUCGCCAGCAAAGAUCGUAGACCAAAUAUUUAGUCACAGAUUAUUAGUAAAAUAUUUAGCGCAAAUCAUAAAUAUUUAAUU